CUCUUGAGUUGCAGGCGUGGGCGUCUGUCUAGCUAUUGGCUGUGAUCAUUUUUUUCAGCCCUUUGUCCUCCCCGUCGUUAAUAGUCAGAACACAAGCGCAUUUGGGUCAUUUACGAUUCGAAACGGGAUGAGCUAAAUAUUUCUAAACAUUUUGGAAAUGGAGACAAUGAAAUCUUGUUUGUAGUCAGAGGGUCAGACUUUGUCUACAGUCACGAUGCUGGCUCUGUCCAGGUGUUCGAGAGCUUUGAGGUGGAGACUGUCCCUGCGCUGCUCUGCCCUCUCUCUGGGGAGCAGUACCAUGAGCAGCCAGCCCUCCACCGCAGCCAGGCCCCAGUUUCUAAGAACCCAGACUGCUCUGUUUCACCAAAGUAAAGCCAAAGCCAGUCCUGACCCAAACAAGCCCGCUACAGUGUUGUCAUCUGAGUCCGGGCUGGAGGGGGAGCUGUUUGGGAUGGGGAUGUGGUCGUUGGGUCUGGGUGCUGUUGGAGCUGCGCUUGCUGGGAUCUUCCUGGCCAACACUGAUCUGUGUCUGCCUAAAGCUGCACAGAUGUCGCUGGAGACCCUUGAAGAUGCUGACCUGCGCUCCACCAUAGAUGAUGACAACAUCAUUAAAGCUAAGAGCCUGUGGGAGAAGAAUGGGGCUGUGGUCAUGGCCGUACGACGACCUGGAUGAUUUUUGUGCAGAGAGGAGGCCUCUGAGCUGUCCUCUCUGAAGACCCAGCUGGAGAAGCUCGGGGUCCCUCUGGUCGCUGUGGUGAAGGAGAACAUCGGCACAGAGAUCCAGGACUUCAGACCGCACUUUGCUGGGGACAUCUACAUAGAUGAAAAGAAACACUUCUACGGCCCACUGCAGAGGAGGAUGGGGGGCCUGGGGUUCCUUCGCCUCGGAGUGUGGCAGAACUUCAUGCGGGCCUGGCGGUCUGGUUACCAGGGCAACAUGAACGGCGAGGGCUUUAUCCUGGGGGGAGUGUUUGUCAUCGGAGCAGGAGACCAGGGAAUUCUCCUGGAACACCAUGAGAAGGAGUUUGGCAAUAAAGUGGAGACUGCAGAUGUUUUAGAGGCUGUUAAGAAAAUUGUGCCAGUGAAAUAAGUUUUUUUUUUUUCCUAAAACAAAUGGCAUUGGACAAAGGUACACUGUAUUUAGAUCAAAACAUAACUGCAUUUUUAACUUGAGAUGCAAUCAAAAUCCAUCCAUCACUGAAAUACUGAUAUUAUAAUGACAUUUAAGUUUGGUUGUGUUGUCUAAUAUCACAAUAUACCUCUGUUCUUUUGCACAUUCAUUUAUUGUUGGUUACAAAAGUGGAGCUGUACUUGGGCCAGUGUUAAAAUGUUUAAACUGGUUCGAUAUUAAGCCAAACACCGGACCAGACCAGUAUACCAAUAUGUCACACUUGACUUAGCAGCCACUCCUGAUUGGGACAUAAUAAGACUUUGAGAGCCUCUAAGCCAUGACUUUUUUCUUGCAAGUUUGCUUCGUCUCAGCUGCGUUUCAGCUCACCUCUUUCGUCGGCUUCAAAUCCAAAAUGUUGCCAUAUGGGCAGCCCACUUUUAGCAUACAUCCAUGAGUUUUAGUUUACUCUGUCAUGUCUCGUCUUGUCACCCCAAAAAACACUGUUUUAUUUUAGCAGAACGCUCUUCUGUGCUUGAGCUUCACAAAUACUUGGGGAAAUGUAUCGUUACAUUGUGUGGUCACUACCACACUGCUUGAUCAAUAAAAGAGCUAAGCUACUGAAAAUAUCUUUGAUUCAGAAAACAGCAAUGCUACUGAGAAACCAAUGUGAAGUAGUUAUGCUGCUGUAAUCCUUACUGCCCAACACUGUUGGAUUUAGCGGCGUGAUGCUGCUGGCACAGGUUGCUGAUGUACACUAUUUUUUUAUUUCGCCAGAACCACAAUGAGUCAUAAUGACAAAUGCCGGUUUUACAUUAAAUUCACCCGUUUUGCAGAAAAUCAAACCGGUUUAAGCUUGUACACCAGACCUGCAAAACCGGAAAUCGACCCAACUCUAGGAAAGAGCCAAUAUUAUUACAAGAUUUGUCACUGAUUAUUAGUUUUUACCUCUGCAGUCACCUAGAAGCUAGUGUUUUUGAGAUGGGUAUUAAUAACGGGUAGUAAGGGAAUAAAAAGCAGCAUUUUCAUUCAGGUACAUCAGCUAUUACAUUUAAAGUAACUUGAAAUCAGUCUUUUAGAGAACCACAUAAAUCAAUCUAAAGACUGAAUUACACAUUUGGUGAAUUAUUCUAUAAGCUGUCUGUUAGGGUACAUUUGUAAUAGGGUACAUUUGUAAUAAUGUUCCUAUGUGUUAUCAUCCUUUGCUUCUCCUGGUCAGGCACCUGAAUGGGCCUCCAACAUGGCGGAUGAGUGUAAGCUGUCUGUGUGUGCGAUAAUGACAACUUGACUCCAAACUCAACAUUGAGAGGAGCAGGUUUGAUGCUUAAAGGCAUACAGGUUCAGCCACUGUCGCCAUGUUGAGGAGUGUUUGUGCUGCCUGAAGCAUGUGUGUGUACCUGUACAUGUCAAUAAUAAUUAUAAAUAAAGAAGACCUCAUCACCAUCUCUUCACUGUG